GCGUACCAGUCCGGGAUUCUAGAAGCGCAGACGAAACCGUCAAAAGCGCAACAAAAUCGCGCGCAGCCGCAGCAGCACUGGAUCCAUCCGCCUUCCCCGUGGCGACUGGAGUGGAGAGCGCUGCCAUUUUCCUUCCCCUUCCCACGAUCCGGAGGACGGAGUAGCGCCGCGCGCGCACGCACGCACGCGGGAGGCGGAGGGAGAUGGCGGCGGAGGAGGUGUGGGAGGAGGCGGAGGAGGAGGACAGGUGGGGCGGGCUGCUGCCGGAGCUCGUGGCGGAGGUGGUGCGGCGCGUGGAGGCGUCGGGAGGCGAGCGGUGGCCGGCGCGGAAGGACCUGGUGUCGUGCGCGUGCGUCUGCCGCCGGUGGCGCGAGGCCGUGGCGGACGUCGUGCGGCCGCUGCCCGAGUCCGGCCAGAUCACCUUCCCGUCGUCACUGAAGCAGCCAGGCCCUAAGGACUUCCCAAUCCAGUGCGUCAUCGAGCGAAACAAGAAGGAAUCUAUGUUCUAUCUUCACCUAGGCUUGUCGAAUGCUACAAUGGAUAAAGGGAAGUUUCUCGUGGCUGCUAGAAGGUUUAGGAGGGGCCCCCAGCUAGAGUAUAUUAUUUCCCUUGAUGCUGGUGGCCUUUCACAAGGAAACAAUGCAUAUAUGGGGAAACUGAGGUCUGAUUUUUGGGGGGCAAAUUUCAAGAUAUAUGACAGCCAGCCACCGUACGAUGGUGCAAAAGCAUCAAGCACUCGAUCUAGCCAGCGUUUUGAAAGUAGCCAACAUUUUGGAAGUAGGCGGAUCUGCCCCCAAGUAUCGACAGGCAACUUUGAUGUUGGGCAGGUCACAUACAAAUACAACCUACUCAAACCCAGAGGACCUAGGAGAAUGUUUUGCACAAUUGAGUGCCCUUCAACUCAAGAAACCUGGGAGAAUUCCCUCAAGACAAAAUCUUUGAGGCGCACGAGAACCAUUCUACUAAAGAACAAAGCUCCCCAAUGGCAUGAGCACUUGCAGCUCUGGUGCUUGAACUUUCAUGGGCGGGUCACAGUUGCAUCCGUGAAGAAUUUCCAGCUUGUGGCCGCAGCUGACCCCAGUCACCCAGAUAGUGUUGGGGACGAAGAAACAGUUGUCCUGCAGUUUGGGAAGGUUGACAACGAUAUCUUCACUAUGGAUUACCUCCAACCUUUGUCAGCAUUUCAGGCUUUCGCCAUCUGCCUUAGCAGCUUUGGUACUAAACUAGUUUGUGAGUAAACAACAAUCUUGUCACAGCGUAGGCGCAUACUUCAUUGGUAGAUGCUGCUGAAUCUCUUCUACUGGCUGUUACCAUGGCCAUCUUUUAUUUUGGUUUGGAUCAUGGUGGUGUUUCUGUAUGUACCAAGGAACAUACUGUUAAUCAUGUGGGUUUAGCCGAGCCAAAAAAAUCAGGCUAAUGUAGAUAUGCCCUUGCCCAUCUGUUAUUAUUCCGAAAAAUCCGUCAUUUUAAAUUGUUAUAAAUUGAACAAUAAUC